UUUUCACAAUUCUCAAAAACAUUUCUUACCAUCUUUAGUUCUUACGUAGGGAUGACCAACGAUAAAAGAUGAUAACGAUAAUAACUUAAGCCCACCGUCACUAUUUUUAAUAUUUCGGUCACAAUCUUCCAUGAAACAAGAUUUUGUCGCAUUGAAGAAUCAGACUUCCCAAUCCACAUGAGCCGCCACCAACUUUAUAUUUUUUGUCUCUACCCUUUUGUCUUCACUCUCUUCUCCGUCUUUCUUUCUGUAUUGAAGAGAAUAGUUUUCAGUUUUGCAGUUCAGUCUAAAUCUAAUCUCUUCACGUGUCCUUUUCUUCUGGUUUGGUUGAGGGAGCCCAGAUCAUUCUGGGAAAGAGUUAAAUAACUAUCAGAAAGAUGGAGAUAACUAAUGUAAUGGAGUAUGAGGCCAUUGUCAAGCAGAAAUUGCCAAAGAUAAUUUAUGACUACUAUGCAUCAGGUGCAGAGGACCAGUGGACUCUUAAGGAAAACCGGAAUGCAUUCUCUAGGAUUUUGUUUCGACCACGCAUUCUUAUUGAUGUAAGCAAGAUCGACAUGACAACAACUGUGUUGGGGUUUAAGAUUUCAAUGCCCAUCAUGAUUGCUCCUACAGCUAUGCAGAAAAUGGCCCAUCCUGAAGGAGAGUUAGCAACUGCAAGAGUAGCCUCUGCAGCUGGCACAAUUAUGACACUUUCCUCAUGGGCUACAUCCAGUGUUGAGGAGGUUGCUUCAACGGGACCUGGCAUUCGUUUUUUCCAACUCUACGUGUACAAAGACAGGAAUGUGGUUAGACAACUAGUGAGAAGAGCUGAAAGGGCUGGUUUCAAGGCAAUUGCCCUUACUGUGGAUACUCCAAGGCUUGGCCGUCGGGAAGCGGAUAUCAAGAACAGAUUUGCUUUGCCUUCACAUCUGACCAUAAAAAACUUUGAGGGCUUGGAUCUUGGCAAGAUAGAUAAGACUAAUGACUCUGGAUUAGCUUCAUAUGUUGCUGGCCAAGUUGAUCGAUCUCUUAACUGGAAGGAUGUCCAGUGGCUUCAAACAAUCACAUCAUUGCCAAUUAUAGUAAAGGGCGUUAUUACCGCUGAGGAUGCAAUUCUAGCUAUACAACAUGGAGCUGCAGGAAUCCUUGUUUCUAAUCAUGGAGCUCGCCAGCUAGAUUAUGUUCCUGCAACUAUAAUGGCUCUGGAAGAGGUCGUUAAAGCUGUAAAAGGUCGAAUUCCUGUUUUUCUUGAUGGUGGAGUCCGGCGUGGAACAGAUGUUUUCAAGGCUUUGGCUCUAGGAGCAUCUGGGGUUUUUAUUGGAAGGCCAGUAGUGUUCUCAUUAGCUGCUGAUGGUGAGGCUGGUGUUAGGAAAGUACUUCAGAUGCUUCAUGACGAGUUUGAGCUAACCAUGGCACUAAGUGGCUGUCGUUCACUCAAGGAGAUUACUCGUAACCACAUUGUGACUGAUUGGGACGUACCUCGUGCUAUAUCCAGGUUAUAAUAAUGCAGUCUUCUACAUGAAUACUGAAGCUGCUGAGGGACUGUUGUUUGAAUAAGUUGCGCCUUGAGUGUUGUUAAUUCUGUCAUAGAACUAAUGAAGUAAUUGCAGAGAAAGCCGAAAUGCUGACUGCGGGAUUUUAUAAUUUGAAGUUUGGAAUGAAAAAUUACUGUUGGAUUUACCCAA